GCGAACUUGCGAGCGAUGCACAAAGGGGCGCCACCUUGGCAAGUGGGCGUUGCCAACGAGGCAGCCGGAAUGGAGAGCAUCUGGCCAGGAUUACCGUGGAACGAGGAAGGAGGCGGAGAGGAGGAGGCUGCGACGCAGCAACAACAACUGAUAAGAAGUGAAAGGUGGUCGUGCAAUCGCAGAGUGGUUUUCCUGGGACUCCUAAUCCUCCUGCUCUCGGGGAUUCCCCUGCCCCCCAGCCAGGCCACCCACAUUAGCGGCGAGUUCCAGACGGCGGACUUCUUCCAGUUCCUGGUCAAGUUCGGCUUCAACAAGGCGGAUCCCACGCGACGCAAUGGCUAUGGGUACAUCUACGGCAACAUCACAUCGAAGGAUAAGUAUGGAGUACCCCUCACCCUCGUCGUCCUGGAUAGGAGCACCUUCCUCGAGUUCUACGGCAAUCGCAGCCAGCGGAGCAGGGAAGCCGCCUGUGCGGGCAUGUUCUCCCGUCUGCAGAGGAUCGCCUACGAGUCCACCUGCAAUCCGCGUGCCAAAAGGGACUUCCUGCGCCACGUUCCCUGUCCCGAGAAUCAGCUGUGCAGCGAUGAGGAUGCACCCGCCAACGUCGUCCCGGGAUCGCAGUUCACCUACGUCAUUAACUUGGAGGCGGAACCAAGAUUCUGGUACCUCUCCCUGGUGGCCUGCUAUCAAAACCACAGCACCUGCCAGUGGCACGCCCACGAGAGCCUGCCCAGGCUAAGCAAAUUGAGCAGCAACCUCUUUAACACGCUGCACUACGACAUUCACCUGGUCAACUUGCACCCCAACAACUCGGCCGCCCAUCCGCUGACCUACCAGUACUCCUACGACCAGCAGAAUCUGCUCGAGAUGUAUCUGAUCUUCAUGCUCGUCUACAUUGUGCUGCUGCCCAUGCAAAUCUAUGCGGUGCGCCGGCAGAAGCAUCCAGUGACCAAGUUGUUUACGUUGAGUCUGCUCAGCGAGUUCGUUAGUUUGGCUCUGAUCACCGCCCAUCUGAUUCACUAUGCGGCCAAUGGAGUGGGAGAGCCGCGAUUGCAGGCGGCGGGCGAUGUUCUGGACAUUCUGAGCCGCACCACCUUCAUGCUGAUCCUGUUGCUUUUGGCCAAAGGUUGGGCCGUAACCAGGCAGCAGAUAAGCAGAACUGGUUGGAUCAUCCUCAUGUCCAUCUGGGUGCCAUACUGCGCGUUUCACGUGUUUCUCUACAUCUGGGAUAGGACGGAAGUUGAUGUGGUUUCCGACAUCGACGAGUACCAGACGUGGCCGGGCUGGAUAGUCUUAAUAUUGCGCACCUCCUUUAUGAUGUGGUUCCUGUACGAGCUGCGUAACACAAUGAAGUACGAGCACUCCACAAAGAAACUUGACUUUCUGCUGCAUCUGGGCGCCUCCAGUUUGGUGUGGUUCAUCUACCUGCCCAUCGUGGCCAUUGUGGCGCUGCAGGUCAGUCCCAUGUGGCGCUACAAGUUGCUGCAGGGCAUCACCAACUCGGCCGACUGCAUGGCCUAUUGCGUGAUGACGGGUCUCUUGUGGCCACACCGAGCGGGCCAAUAUCUGCUCUUGGCGGGCACAAAAUAUGCGGGCAUGGAUGAGUUGGACGAGUUCAACGAAGCGCCGCACAUUGUCAGAGAGCGUGAGCGGCGUCGGAAUUCCCCACCCGAUGACAUUUCCAUUGGCACGGGGAGCGGCGGUGGUCGGGGGAUGGUGCUGUCUACAAGCAUUCCACAUUCACUGAACGGCGACGCCUGCAACGAUCUUCUGGAGGCGGAGGAUCUCGACGCCGAGCUGCUCACCGAUCUUAACAAAAACAGCCACAUUGUGGCGUAGAUGCAACGGGUUAAUUACUAGCUGCAGAAGUCAAUUGUGCUAAAUGAAACACGGAAUGUUAAUCAUCCUUAUAAUUAAUCAUACAUAUAGCUAGAUUGAAGUGGGUGGAUUUUUGUAGACUAUAUAUUUUACAAGUGGAAAUUAACAAAUAUUUUGGUU